AUGUACUCCUAUUCUGAGCGGCUGAUCCUGCCUGCGCACGUGCCUACCAUGUCACGUCAGCUGGGGUGUGUGUCACUUGCUCUGCUCUUCCAAAUACAGAAUAAAUUCCCUUCCUUUCUCUCUUCUCUUUAUCCACUCGUACUUAUUAAUUAUCGCCGCCAUCAUCGUCUAGAGUUUCUCAACAUUUCCCGCAAACCACAGCAUGUCGUAUAGCAGCCAUCCCACAGCCGACCUGGUCAUUGACAACCUCAAGCCAGCCUUACCUUACACCCCCGGCAUGCUUCUCAAGAUUAAACAGCACAUCCCGCCCCCACAAUUUGGGCCAGGAUAUCAACAACCAAAUCGCCGCCCCUUGAUCGAAGAUUUUCAGGAGCGGUAUGGCAUGCCUAGUCGCUGCUGCCUCGCAAACCCACCCCCUAGACCACCGCCUCACCCAUGUCAGACAACGCAUUCCCUGAAAAUUGCCAGCCAGAUCGCCUGUGGUGACGGCCGCGGCGCCCAGGUUGUAACCUGCCAUUUCGAAGGUCAUGAGGCAGACUUGUUUGUGGCCAAGAUUUACGAUCCGCUUUACUACAAGUGGAGUGAUUUUGAGAUCACCUAUCUCGCCGAUCGACAAUAUUCAUGCGAGGCAGGUGCCUUUGAAAGACUACACUCUGUCAAAAAGGAUGUUGACAAAAUGAGGCAGCCUGGGGUUAGAGAAGUCCUUGAACGGUCAAUACCAAGUUAUCAUGGAUGUUGGACUUGGGAGACGACUCUCUUGGAUGGUCAACGUCGAGACGUGCGUAUGAUCCUGAUGAGCCAUGUCCCUUAUCCAAGCAUGAGUUCUAUCAUCGAACGCGGGGUGGCUGGCAAAAUACCUGCAGAGUCUCGGAUGCAGCUUCUGGCUAGAGCUUUCGAGAUAUACUGUUGGCUUGAGUUUUUUGGGGUGCGUCAGAAUGAUUUUGCGCCACGCAAUAUCAUGGUCAGCCCAGAUCAAGAGCAAGCCGUGCUUCUAGAUUUCAGCCAUUCCAUUGUCAAAGGUCUACCCAACUCGAGAUGGAUGGCACAUGUCGAAUCUACACCAAACCUUCCCAGAAGUCCGAUUGAAUUGUUCCGGGCUUCCUGCGGUAACAAUAUGGGCGACUGGAUACCCAAUGAGUUACAAGCCAAAGAUGCACAAUACAGGUGGUUUAUGAAGCAAUGGGGAAACUCGGAGGGGUUUGCGCCAGUUAGCCCUGAGGUUAUGAGGCGGUUAGACAAGGGAGACUCAAAGGCAUAAAUAGGUUGAUUUGAUCAACUGAUUGUGCGCCGGCCAGCAGGAUGGUGGAGAUGCAGGCAGAGAAGUGUUGGAGAAUAGCAACUUGCUCGGAAGGCAACCAAGUGCUGUUCAGCCUGCUGCCCUUGCACCGAAAUCAGAUAUCGUGGCCCCAAUGGAAGAUGCAGCCUCACCCACCACUCGAAACGGAUGGUUAUCGCUGACCCAGCAAAAAGCGAAUCAUCUCCUCGCAAGGCCGUCGAUAUUCAACAGACAUGAAUCGGGUUGUGAGAAUUUAUGUAGUCGGGAUUAGGCAGGUCUGAAUAGCUUCCGAGAUCGACGGUCGCAAACUUGCAACCCAAUCGUAACCGCUUUCUAUUAUUGCCUGCCCCUUUCUAUAGAGAUGAUGCUACCAACCGCUGCCGAACUCCGAC